AUUUUCCACUGGUCGUUGGCCACAGGGGCAAGGAGAGACAACAAGAGAGCAGAGGCGAUGGAGAGCAAGAGCUGUUUCCGCCACGUUGUGGCGAGUGCGGUGGUUGUGUUGUUGUGUUUGACACAAUACUCAACAGCCAUCUCGUUCACACUCGGCGCAAACACGCGCAAGUGUUUGCAAGAGGACGUGGACAAAGAUGUGCUGGUUGUGGGGGAGUAUGAGGUUAGCAAAUCACCAGCCCUGCAAAUCAACCUCGAGAUUACGGAUUCGCGAGGUCACCCCGUGUACAGAAAGGAGGAUGCACAGAAGGGGAAGUUUGCCUUCACAUCGGAUGACUACGACGUCUUUGAGAUUUGCUUCAAGUCCUAUCUUGACGACAAGCACCGUGCCGACAGCACCGUGGACAUUAGCCUGAACGUGAAGAUUGGCAUGGAGGCUCGCAGUUACGAGGAGCUUGCCAAAGCAGAGAAGCUGCAGCCGAUUGAGGCGAACCUGAAGCGGCUGGAGGACAUGAGCUCGGCCAUUGUUCGCUCCUUUGCCAUCAUGAAGGACCGCGAGAGGCAGCACCGCGACACAAACGAGCUGACCGCCGAGCGUAUGCUGACCUUCAGCCUCAUCUCCAUCGGCUGCCUCGUCGUCUUUGGCGUCUGGCAGGUGUGGUACCUGCGCCGCUACUUUCAGAAGAAGAAGCUCAUCUAGGCGCCACGCCAACCGGAUGGUGGUGGUGGUGGUGGAGACGUGACGUUGUGCUGAUGUGUGUUACGUGCAUGUGUGUGGAUGUGGAUGUGUGGGUGUGAUGUAUUGGAUGUGUGGGUGCGGAUGUGCGGAUGUGUGUGAGCAGCGUGCGUGUUUGGGAUGAAAUGUGUUGCAUUCACAUCAAUGUGUUUCGUGUUCAACAAGCCCAAGAACAGUAAACCUUCCAACCUAG